GUUACAUUAUAGUCCUCCCAGCAAGGACCAAGGACUUGCGCAUUGCUUUUUUCUACGCCAUGCGGUAGAUUUAAUUAAUGGAUAUGACGGCUACCCCUCUACGCGAUAAAUCCAUCCUCCCCGGACCAUUUUUCUUAUAAACUCCCGGACUUCGGUGUUUACUCAGGUAGGUACACUUCCGAUACUACUUUAAGGUAUAUUAGAAGGACAAUCCCCAUGAAAUGCAGAGUCUACAGGUAUAUUUACAACUUCUCAUGAGAUCAACCUCGAAUAUGGAUAUCAUUUGCGAAGCGGUAUGUAAGAGCGGGACACGCAUCUCCCACAUGCAAUCCUAGCCAGUGAGAACCCGCGAGAGAAAUCUCAGCUAAACGAUGUAUGCAUGUACAUUUCUAAGUACCUAGGACUUAGGUAGGUGUACAGUCGGAUCUGCAAUUAUGUGAUGAGAUGAUUCAAUGCGAAUUGUCAUCAAUUCAAUGGUAAAGAAUCGCAUUCACUCUAUCAUAGAAUCAGCCUUCGUUUUGUUUGCGAUCUCUUUUAUUGCGUUUCCAAUCUGAUAAUCAACACUCGUCAAUCUGGCCAUGCACAUGAAUUACACGGUCCAACAUUUCCUCGACGGGUUGGCGUCUAUUGCACAACCAGGCUUCGAGACAGAAAAGAUUCUCUUCAAUACAGAUUUCUUAGAGUUUCGAAGCGACAAUGACGAAACACUUUUACAUUUCGCGGUGAGGCAGGGCUUGGAAAAGGGGAUUGCGUUUUUAUUGCAAAAUGAGAAGUGGAAGAAAUUUGUGAACGCCAAGAAUGACAUCGGCGAGACUCCGCUUCAUGUACUGUGCCAGAAUAGUGCAAAUUUCGAAAAUCAGAAUGGUGGCAGGGAAAGAAUUGAGGAUAUACUCAAAGCUUUACUUGAAAAUGGUGCUAAUAUCAAUAUUUCGGAUGAUAGCGGAUGGACGCCUCUGCACGAUGCCCUUCACGCGGAAUCCGUUUUCAUGACCGAAAAACUCCUAGCCAUAGACGGGAUUGAUGCCAAUAAGCAAGUUUACUUUCAAGGAGCGACGCCGCUUCAUAUGGCUGUUGAUAGGAACAUGCUCAGAACAACGAGAUCACUCAUUGCUAAAGGGGCAAACUGUGAAUUGACCACACAUAGUGGUGAGACGGUUCUUCACUGGGCUCUAAUGGCCGCGAAAUUAAUUGAUGGGGAUGAUGGAUUAGGCGUUGAUGAUGGGGACCCUAUAAACAAUUACCUUGUUAUCGGCAGUGAGGAUUAUGGUGAGGAUUAUGGGGCUAUGAUCGGUCAGAAUCAGAAAAGUCCCCAGGGUACCAUCGUCAAUCGCGAGAACAAGGACGAUCAAGAUGACUAUGAGACUGAUGACAAGGAGAGGAUGGAUGCGAUACUCAAAAUCCUUACUGGCGAAGACAGGUUGUUUCAGCUCCUACAGGUGGCCUAUAGAGAGCCGGAUCUAGACAUGGUGAAAUUUGCCUUCCACAAACUACAACCUGGGAAUAGUUGGACUGUGAUAUACCGACUAUGGAUGGCUAUGAGUGAGGAUAGACUUGGGGAUCUAGAAAAGGAACUACAAGAGGAGGUAAAAAGUAAGGCGGGCGGGCCCCCUAGAUCAUGGAACGUCCUUGAUCUUUCGGCCUACCUUGGUAUACCCCAGAUAGUAAGGUGGCUUCUACGCAGCAAACGCUGGAAAAUCUCAGAAAAAGUACACGCGAAGUCACUUGUACGCGACCGUGGUCGUACUCACGGUUUGGGAACUGAUGGCUCGAUCUGGGAUGAGCCUUUCGUAAAAUACAACGGGACGGAGCGAAACAGAGACGGCUUCAUGCCGGAUUCCCGUGACACAGAUAAAGAUCUUUCAAAAGAAUUCCAAUCGACUAUUGUUGACCUCUAUAACGAAAAGAAUCAAUUCGGUAUGCUCUGUCAUUCUCGCAAAGUUCAUGAGCUUCUGUAUUCCGGCGAAGGCAAGGGAUUGAAGCCAGGUGCCGAGAGCGUGGUCGAGUUAUUGGCCCAAAAAAUGCCUGGCUUUGCCAAAAAUACAUAUGGUCCUUCGAGCUUUAGAUUCAGGUGGAUACAUUUACAUGCGAACUCCAUUCAAUGGACGACGGAUGCGGCCACCGUCACAUACCAAGCAAAAUACCAUAAGGUAGAUGAGAUUAAGAAGAGGCUUCAGUUCCUUGAGAAUAGUUGGCAUGAACUUCCCGAGAGCGGGUCUGGAGGAAAGUACAUGCAUCCGAAUUGUUCCAGAAAAGCCUUCCAUAGGGUGAGAAAUAACCAAGAGACAAAUAAAACCGAGGAGGCGAUAAACCAAUUGGCACUCUAUGUUCCCUACAUCAAAUGUGCACCUCAACCUCAUAAGGUUGAAGACAUCCUAGAUGAUGAUGAACAUACACAAAGCGAAGACUUCAAAUUACCCUUCCAUAGAUCCCGGACCCUAGACAUGUACUAUCGUGGAAGAAGUGAAGCUGUAACGGAUGAGGAUCAAGUCGUAUCACGAUUCAUGGGCCUGAGGAACGGGGUAGGGAGCACAGGUCCAGAGAGUACGAAGAGAGAAAGGGAAGGGAAGCAGACCUCGGAAAUACUACAUGUUGGCCAACUUUGGUUGUGGGUUAUUGAUGAAAAAACUAUAAUUACCGGGACGACCCAUUACCCGAGAGCAGACACUGACCCGAUGUUUGAGGGAAUAUUGGACCGCCUGAGCGAUAGCGACAAUAGUUUCAACAGAGAAGCUGUACUAGCUUCGACCGACAGCUUUGUCAAAUUCAUUUUUAACUUUUACGUUAAUAUCGUUGAUAACUUGACGUUAGACGUAAACUUCGCGGACUCCGACGAGGAGCAAUCUGAGAGCUACUUAGUAGACGAAAUAUUCGCGAGCUCUAUUGAGCGUGUGAGUAAACAAGAAAGUGAUCUGCGUAAAAAAUUCCGAGACCAAAUAGGCGAUGUGCCUAUUGAGGGGGAAGAUGAGAUUCACAAAGACGUUUCAAAAGCGACGGAACUCCUCACCGAAAUUCAAGAUAUACGAGGCGAACUAAAGAUGAUAAGAUCGGUUGUUCGGACUCAGCAACGAGUGUGGAACCAACUAUCCAAUCAGCCCACCGGUUAUAGUGAAGAUUCUGAUGGUAAGCAGAAUGACAAUUCUGGGAAGGGUACGGAUCCGAGCUAUGUCUUAGACCGAAUCCAAGGACUACUUGAAUUUGCGGAAGAGGUGGAGAAAAAUGUCGAGUCCGUUCUAGAAUUACGUAUGAACCAUCUCAACCUACACGAAGCUGAAAAUACGAGAAAACAAGGAGAGACUUUAAUGGUUUUCACGGUUGUAACUAUCAUAUUUACACCAUUAUCAUUUGUAACCUCCCUAUUUGCAGUGAAUAUUUCAGUAUUUCCACAUUCGGGUGAUAAUGUUCUUUUCCCACCAGGAUUGGUCUUCGGUAUCUUAGUUGGAGUGUUGGUGGGCUUCUCUCUUAUUGUAUGGAUUGUAGUGAAGGUCAGCAAGACCGAAGUACGGCAACGCCUCCUAGGAAAGAACAUCAAAGUCUUAAAAAAAGACAGGCCUAACGACCCUAGUACACCUAUGAUACAUGCCGCAGAACAGCAACUCAGCAACAAAAUUAGAAGAUCAUCAUCUGUUUUGGGGGGUUGGAUUGAGUCCUCUCUUCAAUGGCGUCGGAAUCGAGUCAAGGCCACGGAACGAUUGCCUACCUAGCACAUAGACUUACCAAAAAGCCAAUACCCUUUCCUCUAGUAGGAUUGAGCGGACACGCCUGAGCGUCAACGUUUUGUAUCAACCUAUUACGCCGGCGCACACUUUAAACAGAAAGUUACAUAGGCGACAACAAUGCUCCCAACACGAGAAACCAAAGCUAUAUUUAUGUAGAUGUCCACUAUAACGCAAGAUGAAUACCUAAGUAAGUAAAUUGAAUUUAUCCCUUGAGUCUGGACGUGGGCUCUUGGCUGGAUAUGCACGCAUCUGAUGCUCUGUGGAAUGCGGACGUAAAUAUUCAACACUGGUUUCGUUGUGGGGUGGUUGGAGAUUAUGUGGGCGGAUCGUACCACCAGUGGAAACAUCAUUGAGGAGACAUGGAUGCUAUUCUUGGAUAUUGGGCGUCAAUGGGGUACAGGUGCCAUUGGAUUGAAUAGAAAAGGAUGUAGGACUCGUAAGGACUUACCGCCCUCAAUGGUCUUAGAAGUGGGCGGAGACAGUAAAAACAUAGUAUCAUCACAAGUAGGAAGAACGAAGUA